GUUGGCAUCCCUGGGUCCCCAUCUAUCCACAAUAUUUCCUUAUUACAGUCCAGGUACUGCAGAGGUGACAUUCAACAUUUUCAUAUGAGCUGCUGAGAUCUAGAUAGACCAUGGUAUGUUGGGUUCUGCAGUGUCCAGGGUCUUUGCACUUUCUUAUUAGAGAUAAGAGAACCAUAACUGUGUUCAAUAUAUGACUACGAGUUAUCCACAACACCCCUUCCAUCUCCUGCCUCUUCCAGUUUUAUUGGGGGGGAUUGUGGAGCACGUCUACAUUAUGAUAUGAAUGCUAGUCUAAAUUUGGACUAAUUUUUGGUAUAAGAACUGGAUGGAAUGCCAGGGCUCUAUUUUCCAUUUCUUUAAGGGAUGGAAUUUUCUGCUGAACAAAUCAGAGGGACAUGUGACCAGGGGCUGUUGCAGAAGCUGGGGUCCUGAAAGCCCCCCCCCCCCCAAAGUACAAGCUGGAUUAUGGCAAAUGUUUUGAUAAAAUGCUUCAGUUUAAAACUAGCCCCACAUCUGAGAAUGUAACAUCUGCAUGUCUGGCAAGAACAUUCAUGGACUAUGAAACUCCAUCCUAUGGCACCUGGUACCAGUGUUGAAUAUCCCAGGUGCAUGGUGCCAACAUAGUGUAUACCAUGGUGACUGCAUUGUACGGACACUGGCAUUGCCUUCAAACAUCAUCACAGUGCGUUGUGAUUUGCUGUGUUGCCAACUCAUCAUUUUUUCCUGAGUAACAGGAUUUUAGCGGGGGCUGGAGCAAGUCUCGCAAUGAGAAGCUCCAGUUUUCUAGCAACGUUGACCUUGAGUGGCUGCCUGCCCCACUUGCCUACCUCCUGAGCUGAACAACUGCUGGCACAGCUCUCUCCACCCCUCCAUUCAUCAACCCAAAGCCAUUUUGGGGGUGGAAGAGGGGAGAGCUAAAGAGCCCAGGCAGUUCAGGGCAGCCACACUCCCUUCCAGUAAGCAAUAUGCCCAGAAUGGUACCUAUGUGUCUUCCUCACCUCGCAGCAGCGAGGCUGGGAAGGGGCAGAAGAGCCCCUGGAGCCGACACUCCGGCCCCCAGUCUGGAAUGGGGAGAGGGGGCGGACCCCACUGUAGCCCACCCCAGGCCUGGAAAAGGUGUGUGUGGAGGGGGGAGGAGGGGGUGAAGAGCCCCUGGAGGAGCAGAGGUGCGGGGGGCUGAACUGCUGGGGACAGAAUUAACUGCUGGGCAGGAUGGGCAGAUGUGCUAGUGAGCGCGCCCACAUCAGGGGUCAAGAUAAUCUUAGCACUAAAUUUGGGAGAUCGGGCAACACUAACUGUCCCACACUUACCCUGGGCCUGGGCAGGGUGGGAGGUCAACAGCGGGAGGCAGAACAAAACUCCAAUAGCUUCAAACAAACAAAACCCAACGAAUCUCUCUUUUUUGGGGAGGGUCUGACUCCUGAUUUUGGAUCGUUGAGGCUGGCAAUACGCUGCUUCUCCUCCCUCACAUUAAAGCGGGCUCUCCCGGGAGCGGGGUGGCAUCUCGCCGUCCCUAGAAAUGUCCUGCCCCGUGCCCAUGACCCCUGCAGCAAUGAACCGUCCGCGUGCAGAACAAAGGGCCGGCCGCAAGGGAGGGCAAAGCGCGCGGCCCACGGUGCCGGGCCCCGCAGCGCCGCGCCCCGCCACGCGCCGCUAGCCCCGUCAGCGGUGCCCGCCCUCUGACCCCGCGUGCCUGUCACUCCUGGCUCCCUGCCCGAAGGCGCGGGCCGGAGCGGUGGCUACCGUCAGCCAAUAGGCGUGCGGGAUACACAGCGCUCCCGCCAAUCCCGGGAGCUCUUGUUUCGGCGUGGGCACUCAGCAGCCGUUCCCUCUCCUGUCCCCGGCCCUGGGCUGUAGCCGUGGCCGCUGCCGUCGCUCCGCUCGGACGGUCUGAGCCAUCCGGCAGCCUGGCCCUGAGCGGGAGUCAUUGAAAUGAGUCCCCGCGCCGCGCCGCGCGCGUCCCGCCGACCCUGUCCGAGCCCUUUCAUCUAGCGACUGGUCUCCCUUGCAAUUAUGGAGAUUUAGAAGAAUUAGACAGUGUGGAGGGGGAGCCCCCCUCCCCACACCUUUGAUUCUUGGAAUUUUCUAUGGACAAUAAUAAGGUUUUUGUUGUAUAAAAUGGAGAAAUAAGACUUUAAAAUAUAAAUUUAUAUUUAUAAGUAUUUAUAUUUUUUGAUUAAGUGCCAAACAGAAGUGCAUGAAGAUUCUCAUGGCUGCUGUAUAAAACUGAAUUUAAGUACUAGGAGUCAUGAAUUUCCUGCAGCACUGUAUUGUGUUGUAAAAAGGGAGUGCCUUAGCAUUUGUACUGGCUGCUCCUCUUAAUGAGGGAGCAGUUUCAGAAAGGUGAGAAUGAAUUCUAUCCUGCCUGACUGCACUCUGAAGUGUCAUUCCCUGCAGCAUGCUUUGGAUAUUAUUUCUGUAGUUACCAGAGGAAGUGAAGGCCAGAUUAAGGCCUUUCUCUCUUCUUACUGCUACAAUGCAGCAACCCUGAAGGAUACCUUUGGCAGGAACGUCCUCCAUCUUGCUUCAUCCUGUGGUAAGAAAGGCGUGCUAGAUUGGCUGGCAGACACCAAAGGAGUGGAUUUAUUGGCAAAAGACAAGGAGUCUGGAUGGACAGCUUUGCACAGAGGCAUCUUUUAUGGACACAUUGACUGUGUUUGGUCUUUGUUGAAGCAUGGGGUUAGUUUAUACAUGCAAGAUAAAGAAGGCUUAUCUGCCUUGGACCUUGUGAUGAAGGACAGACCAGCCUAUGUAGUAUUCAAGAAAACAGAUCCCACAGAUGUCUACACUUGGGGAAACAACAUAAAUUUUACCUUGGGUCAUGGUGGUCAACAAAGCAAACAUCAUCCUGAAUUGGUGGAUCUGUUUCCUAGAAAUGGAGUCUACAUCAAACAGGUGGUGCUUUGUAAAUUUCAUUCGGUGUUCCUUUCCCAGAAAGGACAGAUUUACACUUGUGGACAUGGUCAAGGAGGACGCUUGGGUCAUGGUGAUGAACAGACAUGCCUGGUUCCAAGAAUUGUGGAAGGUCUAAUUGGCCAUCAGUGUUCCCAGAUAGCAGCAGCUAAGGAUCAUACUGUUGUUUUAACAGAAGAUGGAUAUGUUUACACCUUUGGCCUAAAUACUUACCAUCAGUUGGGUAUUCUUCCUCCUCCUACUAAUUGCAGUGUUCCCAGACAGGUUCAGGCAAAAAAUCUGAAAGGUAGAAUGGUGAUUGGAGUGGCUGCAGGCAGAUUCCAUACAGUGCUAUGGACUAGAGAAGCUGUAUAUACCAUGGGACUGAAUGGUGGCCAGCUAGGAUAUAUGCUGGAUCCUAAUGGAGAGAAGUGUGUAACUGCUCCUCGCCAAGUCUCUGCUUUGCAUCAUAAGGACAUCAUUGUGUCUUUAGGCGCUGCAAGUGAUGGCGCUACAGUAUGUGUUACUGAGAGAGGGGAUAUUUACUUGCUCACAGACUAUCAGUGCAAGAAGAUGGCUUCCAAACAGCUGAACCUAAAAAAGGUUCUUGUUAUUGGGGGAUAUUUGGAAUACAAGAUGGAUCCUCAACAUCUCAAAGAAAAUGGGGGUCAAAAGACUUGCAUUCUUGCCCUCGAUGAAGCUGGACGAGUGUUUUGCUGGAAGUCAUCCAACAGUCCUAUGAAGCAGUGUCGAUGGGUCUAUGGCCGCCAAGUCUUCAUGUCUGAUGUUGCUUUAAAUAGGAAUGAAAUAAUGUUUGUCACACAGGAUGGUGACGCCUUUACAGGAAAGUGGGUAGAAGGAAGGAAAAAAACUUCUGAAAAGAAAGAGGUUGUAUCAAGUCUUCAGAAUUCCUCAUAUGAUGUGUCUUGUCACUAUGAUACAAACAGUGUAUAUGAAAGAAUUCGACUUGAGAAGCUUGCUUUUGUCCACAGAGCUGUUAGUGUUACCACAGAUCCUAAUGGAUGUAACUUUGCUGUUUUACAGUCAGAUCCUAAAACAAGCCUAUAUGAAAUUCCAAGUGUGUCAUCAUCAAGUUUUGUUGAGGAUUUUGGCAAAUUGUUAGGGGAAACAGAUGAAAUGGACAACAUCCAUGAUGUGACUUUUCAGAUCGGCACUAGGAUGAUCCCUGCGCACAAGUACAUCUUGGCCAUGCGUUCUGACUUCUUCAGGAAGCUGUUCAUUUCAGAUGACAAUCGAUUAGACUCUCCAGAUGUCUAUCGUAAAGAUGAAGAUGCUGUAGGAUGUGAUCUCUUUAUGAUAGAGAAGGUUCAUCAAGAUUUGUUUACAUACCUUCUGCAGUUCAUAUACAUGGACACUUGCGAUCUUUUGAGUCAUGGUUACAAACCAAGAAUGUUGUAUAAGGAAAAAACAGAAGAAUAUCAAGAUACCUUAAUUUCUAACCUUAAUAAAAUGAGUUUCAGUGGAGAUGUUAAUGGAAAGCCUGCAUUUGAAGUUUACAGAAGUAAUCAAGUGCAUGUAGUAAAUCAAAGAGAGAAGAACAAACCCAAGUCUUCUAAAAAAGGCAAAGUUGUUGGUGAAGAAGUCAACCCCAUAAAAAUGUUGCAAGGUGCUGCAAAGAAAUUUGGUCUCAGCAAUUUAAGCAUAAGAUUGGAUGGAGUUAAACUAGAAAAUGGAAAAAUUAAUGUUGUGAACAGGAAAAAUGGAACCAAACCAAAGUUAAACCCCCAAAAAUGUUCGGAUCUCUGUGAUGUGACCAUGAAAUCUAUAGAUGGAAAGGAAUUCCCUUGUCACAAAUGUGUACUCUGUGCAAGACUUGACUACUUUCAUAGGAUGUUAAGCAGUUCUUGGCUUGAGUCAUCUUGUUGUGCAGCUCUGGAAAUGCCAAUCCAUUCUGACAUACUGCAGAUUAUUUUGGAUUACAUCUAUACAGAUGAAGCUCCUGCAAUAAAAGACUCUCAAAAUGUGGAAUUUAUUUGUAAUGUUCUGGUGGUAGCAGACCAACUCCUUGUAUCUCGACUGAAAGAAAUGUGUGAAGUAGCCAUUACUGAAAAACUCACUUUAAAGAAUGCUGCUGAGCUGCUGGAGUUUUCAGCAACAUACAGUGCUGAACAGUUAAAACUGUCCUGCUUGCAGUUCAUAGGACUAAAUAUGGCAGCCUUGCUUGAAGCGAGGACUCUGGAUGUCUUAAGUGAUGAAGUUUUGAAGGACCUUUCUGUGUCUUACAGAAAAAUGAUUCCAGCUAUGGUCAGGAGAGUGAUUACUCCAUAUCAAGAUGGACCUGACAUUAGCUCUUUGGAGCCUGAUGACGGAGAAAACUUUGUCUUUUUGAAAGAAGAAAUGAAUACAGAACUAACAUCUCAGGAAGCUCUUCUCAAAAAGGCAAAAAUGAAGGCUAAAAAGAAGCCACGAAGACGAUCAGACAGCUCUGGAGGAUAUAAUCUUUCGGAUAUUAUUCAGAGUCCACCCUCCAUAGGUUUAAUAAAAUUGGAUAAGGCUAACUCUGUGGAGUCGCUUCCAGAAUUGCUGACAUCUGAUUCUGAAGGUAGUUAUGCAGGAGUGAGUAGUCCCAGAGACUUACAAUCCCCUGACUUCACAACAGGAUUUCAAGCAGAUAAAACUGAGAUGAAAGACAAAAUGUAUGUUCAGAGUAUAAAAGCCCCCCAUUCUAAUAAAGAGAUGAAAUUAUGUGAGGGAUCAUCAGCACUGAAAGAGUCUGUUCCACAGUCCAUUCCCAGUAUUAAAAACAACUCUGCAAGCUCUCCAAGUUGGGUUGCUACCUCUUUCAGCCCUGCCAGCCCUCCUGCUGUGGAUCUAAGAACCAUCAUGGAACUUGAAGAAAAUAUGCAGAAGUGUGGAACUAUGCCAAAGACAAAUGCAGGUAAACCUGCUUCUCAUGGAAUCAAGCUUUCUCAGAAGCAAAGAAAAAUGAUUGCCAUGGCGGCUAAGGAUAACGGCUCAGUUACAAACAGCCUGGAGACUACUUCCAUUACAGCCACGCCACCCACACCUACGAAAGUUACAAAACCAGGGAGCGCAUGGGCUUCUUCAUUACAUUCAGCUUUGCCAAAGUCAUUCCGUGAUCUUGUACUGGAAGAAGAAAAAUCUGUCAGUGCAGGUCAUUCUCCGGUCAUCAUUGUCAAAAAAGUUUCUUUUAAAGAAAUUGAGGAUCCACAAGCUCAAAAGGCCGUAAGAUGCACAAUCAGAGAAGAUCGUGUUUCUGAUUUACCACAACUGGAGAGUCAUAAUCCAUGGUUAGUGACAUCCUUGACUAGCUCUACUGCGAUAGCACCUAUCACAUUUGCAGCUAUUGUAGAGGAAGAGCUCCAGCAAGAAGCAGCUCUUAUCAGGAGCAGAGAGAAACCUUUGGCUUUGAUCCAGAUUGAGGAACGUGCUAUUCAGGAUUUGCUAAUCCACUACGAAGCUUUUGACAACCCUGAUGAAUUCGUUGUCGUUGAAAGGGCUCCACAGGGGCCUAUUGCAACACCUUUGUGGAACAAGCACUGAAGCUAAUCCAUCAUGAAUUUCAUGAAGAUAUGUCUACUUCAGAGUUUUUGACUUUUAUUACAGGUAGAAUUGGAGUGCAGGAGCAGUCUUGUAAAUGUACUAUCAGUGUUAAAAUGCUGCACAUAAUCUGCAUGCAUCUGAUUAUACUAGAGAGAGAAUGCAGACUAUAAUUUGUUAGUGUCCCUUAUUCACAUCAUAUAAUGUAUGUAUGUUUUGACAACAAACUUUUUACCAUCCCCUAUGUUAAUUACAUUCUAUAUAAAAUUGUAGAUUGAAAAUACAUUUGCUUAUAUUAAGGUUUAGUCCAUAUUAGGACAGUGAGGUUUUUGUUAAAUUCACAAGUGGUGGAAAAAAGUCGGUGCUAAUUUUGUGAUUAUUGUAAAACUGAUGAUACAAAAUUAUGCAUCUUUUAAAUGUGAGCAUUUAAUCAGGAUUGACAUGACAGAUUAGAAAUAUCCCAAAUGUAUCUUCGCUUAAAUUUAAUCUAAAAAUACAAUUUGAAAAUGCAGUUUUUCCUAACAUCUGAUAUGGGUGUAUGAGUACUGGUUCUCUCAGCUGUUGUGGCUAGUACUUUUGACUGUUACUCUUCAUGGUGAGCCUCUGUGCUGGACUUAAUGUACUCUGCUACUACCUGCUUCCAGUUCAGUUAUGUGUGUUUUUACACUGUUGUUAGAUUGGCAUUUUGAGCUGCCCAAGCUCUGUUAUGGCUUAAAACAAACACAGUUCAGUGAGAUGUGGUAUCACUAGUUGGAUCAUCCAUGGUGUAUUCUGGUAAAUUGGUACAAUUUUAGAACCACUGUAUUAAAGUACACUAUAUUUAAAGUGCUGAGGAAAUGCAAAAUCUGUAUGUUAAAUAUUAGAGCUACAAGGACGAAUGCUUAACUGUGGAUUUUGAGAAUGCCUAACCUGCAAAGAUUUCAUGGCUGGCUUUUCAGUAUUGUGUGUUCAAAAAGUUCUUUGUGCCUGGUUUCUCUGAACAGAUUUAUAAAAAAUUGUUUAAUAGCCUUAUGUACAAUAUGCUGUCUUGUUGGGUUGUGUUUGGGUAGUUAAAUGUGAACUUAGCAGUUUCAGUAAUCUCAGCGUUUACAGAUCCUGGGCAAACUGGAGAGGAUCAAGCUUAGAGAAGGUAUACCCAGAUGGAUGUACAAAGCAAUCACUGUGUGAUAAAUUGAGUCUUGGAAAAGAAUGUAGCUGCAUCUAAUGGCUUCAGGUGAGCUACAUUUAAAAAAAACCCACAUGUAAACAAAUGCAAUAAACAUUAAAAUCUUGAUUCACA